AUGUCCCUGACGAUGUUCCCCCAUGAGCUCCUGCUCUUCCUCUUUUCUAACUUUCUCGAUGUUGAAGAUGUUCUUAAUAUACGCCAGACAUGCUGUCGCUUCGCUCAACUUUCUCGUGACAAAACACUCUGGCGCGCCUUCCUCCAUAGACUUGAAGACUUGAAGAUUCCCCUACCAUCUCAUUCUCAGCCUAUUGAAGAACUUUCUUCGCGGGCUCUAGAAGGCAUAGCUGUCUCGGCUUGUCGUGUUGCUCAUCAAUGGACUCGCCCACGAGAAAUCCAAACAGUCUACCAACCUGCCACAAGCGAGACUGUGACAGGAAUGUAUCUAUUUCUAGAGCGGUGGCUUCUCGUUAUCUACCAGAGUGGCAUGGUCAAAUUGUGGGAUAUUGGCUUUGAGGGACAGCCAUGCACCACCUUACAGUUGGCAAAACAUCUGAUGCUUUGGCGCUCGUGCGCUGCGUGUGUCCAAGACAAUAGAAUCAUUCUAGGCCUAACGAACUCCCCGAAUUCAGCGGAGACGCUCUCGGAGACCGUGCUUUACGAGAUUGACCUUAACACCGCAGAAUUUAUACUCAUGAGAAGCUUUUCAUCUUCUUCAUGGGCAAUUCGUGCUAUUGAUGCGGAACGGCAGUUGUUAGUGCUCUCCUCCUCAUCGAUGCAUGUGCUCGACAUUUUCUCUUGGUCAAGCGGAACGACGAGGUCCAUUUUGCUUGACUCUGGAGAUGCGGAAGAGCUGUACAAUGCAGUUCUUGCGCUGAAGUUCUUCGAAGGUUACUUUUUCGUCGUACGCACGCAUACUUUCGAACUACACGCCUUGGAUUCAUCAAUGCAACCUCUGAGGUUUGAUCUACCUCACCCACUUUCCGAGAGAAUGGUGCCGUCUAUCUCUACACCAAGCAAAUUAUGCGUCUUAGCUUAUGACUCUCGCUCCCUUGCUUGUUAUGAGGUCUUCCUUGACCUAAUGAUACCAUCCAUGGACAUAGUACCCAUAGGUGAAGCUCUUUCAACUCCUGCACCCUCUGCAGAUCCGACUCUUCCUCAAUCGCGCUCACGUUGGUUUGUUCCGGCAUAUGAUCUGGGUCCGCAAGCGAUGCGAGUGGUCUGGGUAGAGCGAGAGAGUGCUAGAGUAUCCAGAAGGGUGCGGGUGUAUAGCUUUCCUCCAGAGAAGGGUUGGCACGAUAUGAACAGCGCGGCAAGCGUAUUCCUGUUGCCCAGUUACGAUUUGCGGGGUGAGUUGCAACUUGAACUUACUUGGCUACAUUCGAUCAAUACACAUAGAGGACUUGACUCAUUGCGCGCUUGGAGAAAUCAGUGGACGAAUUGCGCUCGCGAAUCGAAUGGGGACGAUAUUUUUGUUAAAAGUCGUAAAAUAGUCUUCCACGACACAUCUGUGGUGCCCACUCUCCCUCUUUCCCUUUCUCUUCCGUCCCAGCCCUACGUUGACGUCGGGCUGGAAGCAGAGAACCAAGACAAUAUGAAUCGAGGGACAUCGCCUCUGUUCGAUGUGCCCGAGUUUCCGACCCUAAGAAGGGUCAAGCCACUCCCAAAGCGUCGACGUAUGGCUGUCACCGAAACCCAGCCAGGCAGUGGCAAUGGGGACAGCUAUUACCCUGCUGACGACGACGGAGAUGAUGAUGCCAGUGAGCAAAUGCAGCCCGGAAAUACCAAAAAACGCAAAGUUCCGACUGCAAUCCAAGCCAACGAGCCUCCUGACAAUCCGAACGAGCAGAUAGCUGUAGCUUCUGAGCCACCCGUAGAACCACCUCCACCGAGUUGGAAUGGUCUCGGCAUCCGCAAGGGAAAGCCGCCUAGGAUUACACAGGCCGCUUUACAACACAAGGAGACACUAAAAGCUAGGAAGAGACAACUAGCAGCAGUGCUUGGGGCCCUUUCAUUGGCCGAUACUCUGGCCCUGGAUCAGGCCUUGUCGGCUCAUUACCCACUCCUGGAGAAUGUCAACGUCGAUCCGCCCCGAGUUCGACGCUCAAAACGACUUGCCCCCCGAUUGGCGAGAGCGGCGCGCUAUUCCGAAAAAUUCCGUCAUCCUGACAAACGCCCAUUUAUGGAGUGCGAGUUCACUUAUUCGUGCCCCAGCUUGACCGCGGAACGAUUGGUAGCGACCAAAGAGGAGGUUCUGAUGUUGCGAAAGCGAUUUGAGGCAGAGCUCGCGAGGCAGGCUGCCAAAACAGCCAAACUCAAUGCCCCGCCCAGAAAGAGCUCUCGUCAGAAACGAAGCUCGGCCAAGAAUAUCGCAACGACAACGACAACGACUCCCAGCUACCAUGCCCCCCCUCCCCCCGUCAUACCCAAAGAGAACGCAGACCCUGCCUCGCUUAUGGGCAUCAAGCCGCGUAAUGUCAAGAAGAAGAAACGAUCAGCCCUGGCGAAUGCAUCCAAUCCACACCAUCUACGCAACUAUGUUCCCUCGCGAUUACCCAACUCUGGAGUUUCCAAUACCAGUACCGCAACGACUGGGUUGUGGCCGUUGCCCUUGCGAUUUCUAUCGGCCGAUCUUCCACGAGGACGAAACAAGGCCAACAAUGUGCCACUUGAAGGAGAGUCGCUGACGAAUCCUGGCGAUGAAUGGAUCUGUGCCUUCUGUGAAUAUCAGCUGUUCUAUGGUGACGAAACCGCAUUUCGUCAUGCGGUCAAAAGUCGCAAAAAGAUUUUGCGGCGACGGAGACGGGCUCAAGAAAGAGCGGCUGCUGCUGCCAGUGGGACGAGUACUGCGAAAGGCGCUCCAGAGAAGGUCGAUGAAGAAUACGAUGUUCACCCAGGCUAUGCUCCAGGGGUGGAAGAUUUGCCACUUCCAAAGCAAACUAACUGGGCUGGCGAGUCCCAAUUCUACCUUUCCGCCAUGUCCACGCCGGCGAUGGCUUCGGGCGAGUUGCUCGACCUGGUGUCGUCGUCUGGGUCGGCAACCAUUUACCCCAACGAUGACGCUGUUCUCAACGUUCUCCACGCUCGCUUUCGUGCUGAUUUGCCGUUCACACGAAUCGGGGCAACCCAUUUGCUCGUUGUCAACCCACUCAAAACUUUGGCCAAUGUAAACGAUGCCAGCGCCCACGAAUACGAAGAGCGUUGCUACAAAGACACAUCCCUCCCUGCCAUCGACUCGCCAAAGUCCUUACAACCACACGUGUACGAGCUGGCGUGUAGGAUGUAUCUGCUUUUGCGACGAAGAAAUGAGUCCCAGUUCGUCAUUACCAGAGGCGUAACUUCCUCCGGAAAAUCUUCUUCAAUGAGGUUGCUCUCAAGCCAGCUUCUCCGCCUUUCCACCCAUUCGCGAAAAGAGGCCAAAUUAGCCGACCAACUUCGCGCCAUGACGACGCUGCUCGAUUCGUUCGGGAAUGCCAAGACCCAGACCAAUCCCGAUGCCUCGCGACACUCCAAGCUUCUGGAACUUCAUUUCAACGAGCGUGGUCGAUUUGCUGGGGCGAAAUGUCUGCUCUUUUCACUCGAUAAAUCGCGGCUGACCCGCCUGGUCCAUGAAGAGCGAACAUAUCACGCCUUUUACCAGCUGUUAGCCGGCGCGACAACAGCAGAAAGAGACCAAUUCCAACUCGAGGACCCAUCUGAAUAUGCCUUGCUGGCAUCGUCGGGCACCUAUCGCCUUCCCUCUGGUCCAUUUUCCGAUGACACAACAGCCAUGUCGGACCUCCGCGCAGCCUUCCGAACUCUCUCUUUCAAACACACUCCCGCUGUAUUCUCCCUUCUCUCGGCCAUCCUGGUGUCAACAAACAUUUCAUUCAUCCCUGCCGACAAUAACACCGAGGCUGCUACUGUUGCGCCAACUGGCAUUCAAGCCCUCCAGCAGACCGCCAGACUGCUUGGCAUUCCCGCUGACGACCUUGAAGCUGCGUUGACCAACAGGACUGCUUAUGUCCGCAAAGAGCUUUAUACCGUUCUUCUCAACGACGAGCAAGCCUCUAUCCAGCGGACAAGUCUUUCCCGCGAUUUAUAUGCAAUCCUCGUCUCCUUCCUUCUCGAGUCUGCCAAUCGUCGCCUCGAACCACCACCUGGAACAAAUGUCAUUUCUCUUCUGGACACACCAGGCUUUGCAUCACCUCCCCUUUCGCUUGGGCCUGCCUCUUUCGAGGUCUUUGCGAGUAAUUUCGCUGACGAACUUGUUCAGGGCUGGAUCUCUCAAGCGUUGUUUGCUGACGCAGAUGAUGUUGUUGGGAACGAAGCGUGUGUUGAGAUGUUGCGUGGAGUGCCUCUCAACGAUCCUGCUGUCAUCCCCACCAAAAAGUCGGACAAGGAUGCGCGAGGGGUACUGAAUGUCCUUGGACGUGCAAGUAUGAAUCUCAAGGCUGGCAAGGGAGCUGAUCGCGAUCGUGAUGAAGAGCUCUUGGCUGAGUUAAUUGGCCGCUUUUCAACCCACGCGUCAUUCGAGACUGCCCCAUUGCCGCCAUCUGCUGGAGGAGUUGGGACUGGAAAUCUUUCCACACGACCUCGAGCAUUUGGUAUCAAUCAUUAUGCCGGCCAUUGCAGCUAUGAUGUGCGUGGUUUCGUGAAUGCCGAUGCCGACCUUCUCGAUCCCGCACUCGUUGUCCUCCUUCGUAGCUCGUCUGUUCCAUUCGUCGCCAAACUUUUCGCUGGUCCUUCCCUCGCUGCAGAGCCUCAUGCUCGCGAUCCUAAUACUGUCGUGUUGGCUCAAGUUUCCUCUCGGCCAUUACGAGCGCCAACACUUGGUGGUGAUGAGGAGUUAAGACGACUGGAUUCUGGGAAGACGUACUCUGCUAUGGUGCAACUUGACAACACCCUCUCCGCAAUGUUGCAUGGCUCAACUCGUACCCGACUUUGGACAAUCACGUGCAUUCGGCCGAAUGACUCUGGUUCACCCAACUCAUUCGAUAAGAAACGAGUACGCGCACAACUACGCGCGUUACUUGUCCCUGCAAUGAUCCAGCGGGUGAGUGGAGGAGAUUAUGUUGCCGACUUUGAUGCAGAGGAGUUUUGUGCGCGCUAUGUUCCCACAAUGCAAGGCAGCAUUGAAGAACGCAUCGAACAAUGCGCAAGGUCAGGUGGCUGGCGAGAAGGGGAGGACUAUCGUGUGGCUGGCGGGCGGGUCUGGAUUGAGUACGGGGCUUGGAAAGGCGUUGAGGAUGUAUUGAGAGCCCAAGAGAAGCGAGGUGGCGAUGACCAAGACGAGCGCGAUGCGGAGGAGGGCACCGAAUACACUCACGGACAGCCUCAUGCGUAUGAGGCGAGUGUGGAGAACUUCGCUGAUCAAUACGGGGGAGGUGGCCUUCAAACACCGAUGUCAAACCCAUUUGCAGGUGGUGUCCCAGCAGCUGGGGGCGAGACUGGCUGGGUUGGGUCUGAUUACAAGGGUAGUCCUAGCGGGACGAUAGAGGGCUACCCUGACUCGCCAAUGCCAUCGAAAGAUGGUCAUCCUAACCCUCCAGCGAGUGGCUUCGUCCAGAAAGACGCUUUGCUCGCCAACAACGAGGUGGAAGAAAUCCCUUCAAGUCGUUCUCGUCGCGUUUGGCUCUGGGUGGUGUGGGGCACAACUUGGUUCGUUCCGACCUUCCUCAUGAAACUCCUUGGCCGAAUGAAGCGACCCGAUAUUCGUCUCGCCUGGCGCGAGAAGCUCGCCAUCUUCAUCCUGAUUUUCCUCCUCAACGCCACCGUCAUUUUCUACAUCGCAAUCUUUGGACGACUUCUCUGCCCAGACUCGGGCAAAGUUUGGGGUCUGAAUGAGGUAGCCGAACAUUCGCUGACAGCGAACUACUGGGUGACAAUCCAGGGCGUUGUCUACGAUGUGACGAAUUUUGUGCAAGGCGACCAUAGCGACACGAAUUCGUUGCAAAGUAACAGUCAGGAUGUGUUGCAAGUCCUCGCGGGACAGGACUUGACGUAUUACUUCCCAGUUCCCCUCGUUCUUGGAUGCCCAACAUUGGUCACUGACCCUACGAUGUCCUUGAAGAACAAGAAUUUUUCUAUGACUGAACCGACGGCGAUGCACGUCAGCGGUCAGUUACAAGCCAUCGGAGGCUCUAAGCUGCACAAUAAUGAUUGGUACACGGCGACUUUCCUCCCCAGAAUGAAGCACUACCGCAAAGGCCCAUUGGUUUAUACGUCAAGGACUCUGAAAGAUCAAGCAGCUGAUACCAACAUCGCCAAGGUCUGGGGUCGUUACAACAACAAGAUUUAUGAUUUGACGGACUAUCUCAACACAAUCACUCUCAACGCCAACAACCCUGACUACGUCUUUUUGGACCAAGAGUUGGUGGCGGUGUUCAGGCAACAGUCGGGACAAGACAUCACUAAACCGUUGAACGCCGUUCUCGAAACAAUGGACCCAGAAAAGCGAGGUCUCAAUCUCCAGUGUCUCAACAACGUGUUUUAUAUUGGCGACUAUGAUUUCCGCAAGACAGCGCGGUGUCAAGUCCAGAAUUAUUUCCUCAUCGUGGCUUCGGGAAUAUUAGUCGCUUCGGUGGGACUUAAAUUCUUGGCUGCGCUCCAGCUCGGUGGCAAACGUCUCCCGGAAUUGCAAGAUAAAUUCGUUCUUUGCCAGGUGCCAUGUUAUACGGAGGGUGAAGACUCGUUGCGGAAAACUAUAGAUUCUCUUGCCGCUCUCAACUACGACGACAAGCGCAAACUCAUUUUCAUUAUCUGUGACGGCAACAUUAUUGGUAGUGGGAAUGACCGAACGACGCCAAGGAUUGUCCUGGACAUUCUCGGGAUUGACCCAAAGCUUGAUCCAGAGCCCUUAAUGUUCAAGUCGGUCGGAGAAGGGUCGAAGGCAAUCAACUAUGGCAAGGUUUACUCAGGACUGUACGAGUUCGAGGGCCAUGUUGUUCCGUAUAUGGUCGUGGUCAAGGUUGGCAAACCCACUGAAAGAUCCAGACCGGGUAAUCGGGGUAAACGCGACAGUCAGAUUCUGCUCAUGCAUUAUCUGAACCGUGUCCAUUUUGAUGCCGCCAUGUCGCCUUUGGAGCUGGAAAUCUAUCAUCAGAUGCGAAAUGUUAUUGGCAUCGACCCUGCGUUCUACGAAUACAUCUUCACCAUCGAUGCUGAUACCACGGUCACUCCUGAGUCCCUCAAUAGACUCGUUGCUUCCGCCGCGGACGACUCGAGUAUCAUAGGCAUUUGUGGCGAAACCAAGCUGCAGAACGAAGAAGGCUCAUGGUGGACGAUGAUCCAGGUGUACGAAUAUUACAUCUCGCACCAUCUUUCAAAAGCAUUCGAGUCGCUCUUCGGGUCCGUCACGUGUCUUCCCGGGUGUUUCUCCCUCUACCGCAUCCGUACUGCCGACAAGGGACGACCUAUCAUUAUUUCCAACCGCAUCAUCGACGAGUAUGCAGAGCCCAACGUUGACACCCUUCACAAGAAGAAUCUAUUCUCGCUCGGCGAAGAUCGGUACUUGACGACACUGAUGCUCAAGCAUUUCCCAACAUUCAAAACCAAGUUCAAUCCACAUGCUCUUGCGCACACUGUCGCGCCUGAGUCAUGGAAGGUUUUGUUUUCCCAACGGCGACGAUGGAUCAACUCAACAGUACAUAAUUUGUGCGAGCUCGUGUUUUUGCCUGAGCUAUUUGGUUUCUGUUGCUUCUCGAUGCGUUUCUUCGUCUUCAUUGACUUGUUGGGCACUUUGAUCCUUCCUGCAACCGUUGUUUAUCUUGCGUAUCUCAUUGUUGAAGUUGCCCUCCGGAGACAAGCUUUCCCUGAGAUCGCCCUCAUCAUGAUCGCCGUCACUUAUGGUCUUCAAGCCAUCAUCUUUAUUAUCAAGCGUGAGUUCAUGCUUGUCGGAUGGAUGGUGGUCUAUAUCCUCUCGUACCCUGUGUACAGUUUCUUCCUCCCCGUGUACUCAUUUUGGUGCAUGGAUGAAUUCAGCUGGGGUAACACACGUCUUGUCGUUGGUGAAGGCAAGGAGAAGAAGGUCAUCAUGAACGAGGACGAGAAAUUCGACGAUUCGAUGAUUCCUCUCAAGAAGUUCAGCGAAUACGAGAUGGAAGCAUGGGAAACUGGCUCCAGACACUCUGAAGAGACUGGAUACAGCGGAAAGCCUCGCUCUCGAUCACGUGCCCCAGGCUCCCGAGGACAGUCGCCACACCCGUAUCAGCAAGCGUCUCAGGCCGGCGACUACUACCGCGACACCAACUUGACCUCGCACAAUGGAUCCAAUCCGAACUUGCGUCUUGGGUCUCAGCCGUCUUUGUCAAAUCUUUCCCAUCAAGCUCCGCUGCAACCAGUCCCUCAAUUGCCGUUUAUGCCAUUUGGUGGCGGACCUGGCUCAGUCACAGGCUCAGACUAUGGUGGAGGGAUGCCGAUGAUGGGAAUGCCAUAUCAGAACACUGGGAGCAUGUAUGGAAUGAUGGGACCGAUGAUGGGCGGCAUGAACAUGUACAGCGGCAGUUUCAAUGGGUCGCAAGGAGGAUUUGCCCCACCGGUUAUGCCCGCUGCUGCGCCGAUGACACGGCCCAUGUCGACACUGUCGAUGGCGACAACAGCCAAUAUGUUCUCGGGCCCUAGCCAGAACCCGAAUCCCUCAGACGACGAACUUUUCAAUGCUCUGCGACAUUACUUGAGCACGCAAGAUCUCAUGACCGUUACGAAGAAAACCGCGCGAGAAGCGAUCACUGCGAAAUUCCCGAAUGCGGACCUGACAUCUCGAAAAGAGUUUUUGAACAACUCUAUCGACACGAUCCUUUCUGAAUCAUAG